AUCCGCAAACUACUUUGACAAUUCAUUGUCAAUAACAGGACAGCUGACUUCAAUUUGGUAAAAAUUUAAAUUGCACUGUCAGUGAUUGUCAGUGAUUGUCAGUGAUUGUCAGUGAUUGUCAGUGAUGAAAAUAACUUUACCGGAAGUUACCGACAAAUGCGCACGCGUAGUUUACCAAAACAAUAUGAGAUCUGCUCAAGAUGGCGGACGUCGGGGGAAUUCGUCGAGAUGUUUCGAUAGCAUCUACACCCCAAAGACCAGUUCCAAUGAAAUUAUUUGCCACUUGGGAAGUAGAAAGAACAUCGCCCAAUUGUGUACCGCGGCUCUGUACUAUGACACUGACACGAUUGGAACUACUAAAGCCGCUGGAGCCAGGCUUAACAGAAGUUAUUAUUUCAGUCUCUAUGCAGAGUUCCCGUCGGAUACUCAGAUCUAAUGAAAUAGUUCUUCCAUCCACUGGACUGAUUGACACUGAAUUAGAUUUGUCUUUUUCUCUUCAGUACCCACACUUUUUGAAGAGAGCAGGAAACAAUCUUCAAAUUAUGCUUCAAAGGCGCAAGAAGUACAAGAAUCGCACCAUUCUUGGUUUUAAAACACUGGCAGUAGGACUUGUGAACAUGGGUCAGGUUCUUCAGCACUCCAUAGACAACCAGCUUAAAUUGUACAUGAAGGGAAGUCCUGUUCCAGUUGCCCAAGUUACUGUUAACUCCCUUACCAGCCAGCCAGUUGAAACAGAUGGAGACAGGCUUACUGGAUCAUCAGCUAGGGGCGAUGGUGAUGACAAUUCCAGUGAUGAUGAUGAUGACUUUUCUCUGUCUGACCAGGAAGGAAGUGAUAGUGGUGGAGAUGCAGAUAUUCUUGAUGUAGAACAGAGACAAGGGGGGAAAAUAAGACAUGGAAAAAUAACAAUUCCUGCAAAGCACCAAAAGAAUUUUAAACAAAAGUUUAUAGCACUCCUAAAGAAGUUCAAAGUACCAGAAGAGGAGUUAGAAAAUGAAAUGGGAACAUAUCGAGAUAUUGAUAUCAGUCCUCCAGAGAAUGAAGCAGCAGAUGAUUUCCUUUUCCCUGAUGACCUGGACGACUUGGAUAGUGAUGCUGAAAAUGACUUCCUUGAAGAUACCAUCAGCAUUGUGUCCACACCCAAACCUUCUCUCAGACCUUUCUUUGAUCCCAGAAGCUCAACUGAAAAUGUGCCAAGUCACACUGUGAUUGACGAGGAGGACAUUCGAAGCCCGCAAGUAUCUGUUCAAGUGGAACAGGAAGACAUGCAACCAGAUCACGACAUGGAUGCUCUGAGUCCACCUUCUGACGGAGAAAACCUGUCAGACUCUACAAACACUUCUGACGCCUUGUCAGGGGGAGGGUUAGAUGAAGUGCCUUCUGUGCGGCGCAGUGUGUCAUUUAAGGAAAGAAGAAAAGCGGCGGAGUCGGAAACUGUAACAAAAAGGAGAAACAGUGAUAUAGACCUUCAGCUGCCAAACGUUACCUUAAACGAACAACUUAGCAAUGUGUUGACAGGAGAUAGUGAAAUUCCUGAGAGUAUCUUGUUGAUCAAUACUUCUGAGUGGCAAGGCCAGCUUUUAGCACUGAAGCUUUGUGACAAAGCUGUGAAGAUGAUUUGUACAAGAUCCAGCUCAGAUGUGCAUGCUGUUUUUCUGGCCAUUGUAAAUAAAUACCAGAAAUUUUGUAAUACGCACUCAGCUUCACCUCCUCAGCUUGCUGUGGCAAUUGCUGGCACAGAGUCAUAUAUCAGUGCUGUUCUUCAACCAUACGUGGAACAGUUCUCUUCCAAGCCAUCAGACUGGCAGACAUUUCUUCGCUUUCUCCUCAUACCUCUUGAUGUCCAACCCUUAGCCAAAUACAUUGCAGCCUUAGACCCAAGAUACAACUCGCUCUUUAUGGACAACGUUUGGAAAGAAGCGUUUGAACACUCCGACACUGCCGUCGAUUUUGAGGAAGUGAGCAGCCGAGUCAAAACUUUCUUGUCAGCGGCUACGAUAAUUCACAAUUUGCCAAUAGCCGAGGCACUUGUCAACACUAAACCAAAGGGAUCUGAAGAAGGAUCCUCACAAGUCUUCUUACCAUUUGUUUGCGAUGUCAGGAUUGGUUCAACAGACCAAUUCCAAGACGAAGAACCUGUAGCAACUAGUGGCACUCCAACCAAUGUUGGGUCUAAAAGCACAGGGACCGUUCUUAGGAGUGAAACUCACCCGCCUUCUCUAGGAACUUCACAAACGCCCCCAUCUUCAGGCUCUCCUUUGACAAGUCCCCAUGAUAGCGGAGGAAGCCUAUGGUCGAGCGAGCAGAUGGAUCUUCAAGUCGACUACUGGCUUGUAGGUGGAAACAAAAGAGAUAUCAAUAAGUCGUCAUUAAAAACAACUUUUAAGACCCUGGUAGUCACCAGACUCCCAACUCCAGAGGAACCGUCUGCGCUGUCAGUGACGGCUGUGACCAAAGAACGCAAUAAAAGAGGACUUGAGGCGAUGAUGCGGUCCAUGAAGAAAUCCAAAGAGAAAGACACGGAGUCUAGAAACCAGGCCAUGGUGGUGUCAAAGCUGAUUUGUACUACUAAAGGGCAAAGCAGUACACUUAAUGUUGUUAUUGAUGGCGUGACAUGGAGCGGAGUCAAGUUCUUCUCAUUAUCGUCACAGUGGCCCACUCAUAUCAAAUACUUUCCCAUUGGCCUUUUCGGGCGAGUAGAGACCACGUGUUAACUCUCCUUUCCAGUUUAAAUUUUGUUCUUCCUGCCCGCGAGGACUGUUUAUAAGUUGAGAUUAUUUUGGUUACCAAGUGGACAAUUUCUAAGUUACCCAUUAGACCCUGUUUCAAAUUUUCAAGAUUUCUUCAUGCGCGAAUGAAGGUCAUUUCAUGUUGAACGUUUCUAAUCAGAUGUCAUUUUAAAACAGGUAACAUGGAAAUGACCUAUUGUCACGUGGUGUGACAUAAAUACUCUGUUAGAGUCACAGAAUAGACUAAUUUCGAUAUAUUAAAAUUCAGCCUAAAGCAAUAGACCUCAGCACGAGGCUCUGGGGAAUUACUACAGAG